GGGAAUAUUAGACUCGAAAUUAAGUGUUUUUUGUAUGACAUGAUAAUUUGUAGCCUUGGAUCACAGGCAGCAGUAGUGAUCAUACACUGUGCUUCUCACUGAAUUAUGGUUUGUUCCUCUUUUGGCCUCAGUUAGAAACAUUUAGUUCUUGUCCAAGCUGGAGAAUGCAGAUAAUUGAGUAGUAAUGGAGAGCAACUUGAGCAAGCCAAGCUUUGAGAUGACUGUGAUCCUUUUGCUGCACACCAUGAACAUAUGCGGCAGAUGAUGAGAAGCUUCUCUGAACCUUUUGGACGAGAUCCCUUUCUCAGUAUAACAGAUGGUGGGGAGAGAACAGGAGAUCGAAGAGUGCACCAGGACUCUCAGGUUGCUCUGAGAGGAAAUCGCAGAGCAACAAGCUGCUCCCUCAUGCCCUUUGCAGGCUUUGGUAGAGUGCAGGAUGCAGAUUUUGGGGACCCGUUUUUUGCAAUGGACAGGAUGAUGUCAAAUAUGAGAAACAGCAUGCUGGAAAUGCAAAGAAAAUUUGAUGACCUGUCCUUCCAUCCAGAUGCACACACAUUCAGCUCCUCCUCUGUGAUGACCUACUCCAAAGUAGGGGAUGAACCACCAAAAGUUUUCCAGGCUUCAGCCCAGACACGCACAGCUCCAGGAGGUGUUAAGGAGACAAGAAAAGCUCUUAAGGAUUCUGAAAGUGGCCUGGAAAAAAUGGCUAUUGGUCAUCACAUUCAUGAUCGUGCUCAUGUCAUUAAAAAAUCAAAGAACACCAAGACUGGCGAUGAAGAAAUGAACCAAGAAUUCAUCAACCUGGAUGAAGCUGAGGCACAGACCUUUGACGAAGAGUGGCAGAAAGAGAUCAUGAAGUUCAAGCCAUCUAGAACCAGAGGCACCUUAGAAGCUCCAAAAUACAGAAGCAUUCAUCACAUACCCAAGGAGGAUGGAUUAAGAAGAGAGAAACCACUUGCAAUCACAGGUUCCAGGGAGCCCAGAGCUGCUUUGGAGAAUCUCAACGUGAAAGGAACACACGUCCCCAUCAAAAGCAGCAAAAAAUAAAUUGGAGCUUCUUGAGAGAAGAUGAUGGUGCUGCAUUGCUUGUGUUCAUAAGUGUACACGCAUAUCUGACCAAUCUCUUGUGUUUUGUUUCAGUACUAGUGCACUGUGCUACUCCAGCCCUUUGACAACUGAAUGUUCUCUUUAAAAUCCAGAUCCCUCUAGUUUCAGUAAAUUCAAACCCCACCAGAUUUCCACUUGAAAGCACUUUAAUGGAGUCACACUAAUUCUGGUUUAAAAAGCUGUGAUUUCCAAGAUUUCUGUUGUGUUUUUUCCCCACACUUCAUAACUUGCACAUAAAGUGAAUGACCUUUGUGCUUUGUGUGGCUGAAAUAAGAGUUAACUUCUUAGGUGAUGCAGCAAUUGACAGCAAUUUGAGUACACUUUAGCCACUUUGUAAUAACUUAACAAUCUGAUUGUAGAAUCCCCAGAUUCAUCACAAAAGCAAAGUGUGGAAUAGGGAGAGGCUUAAAAUUACUAAAGACUUGGAGUAAAGGUUUGUUUGUCCAGUGUUGGUAGGUUCAUAAGCUGUGCUUGCAUCUCUUAUUUUCUGUUGCCUAGACAUCAGUUUUGUACUUCCCAUCGUUAUAUUCCCUCUGGAGGUGGCUCCUUGACUUUUUCAUUCUUGAAGAUUCUCUGUAGUAGCUUUUAAUUCUAUAAUAAUACCACCAUGUCCUCAAACUCAGCUGUAACUAUUAGUCAUCAGAAAAGUGGGAGAAAUUAAGUAGGCAGUAGUUUAAGUGGCUAAUGAGUGAUUACACCAUUUCUUCUGCUCUAAAUAGCUGUAAGAGCUCAGCAUGCAGGAAACCAUUUCCCCUCUCAGCUGAGAUGUGUUUGUAUGCUUCAGUGUCCUGUUUUAGUGGAUGUAGAAUGAUCUGGAAUCCGACACUUGGAUGUUGUGGUGGUGGUGGUUGGUUAAAGAGCCUCAUGUUCUCAAGAAAAGCCACAGGUGAGCCUGAGAGCAGGAAAGGUCUCUGUUAGAGCUGUGAGGUUCACAGCCUGUUUUGUUAGGCAGAAUUGACCCCAGUGUCACAGUAUAAAUACCUUCUGCAGGCUACAGUGUUACAGCACUAACACUGAUGUAUUCAAGGCUAAAAUGUUUUGGUGUAGCCUUAAGGGCACUGUUGAUAUGAUAAAAUAGGUUUAGUAAGUGCAGAUUUGUAUUUGUUUGGCUAAAAAAAUAAAUGGCCUUUAAAGGAUCUCUUUCUGCAGGUUCCCCAGAUCAUUUAAAUAUGUGUUUAUUAAUGUGCAGAACUAAUCAACGGUCCUUUCAUUGAACUCUGACAAGGGAAAGACAAUUGUUCCUUUGCUUGUUUAAUGCAAAGGUCUCUUCCUGUGAUUGGAGCACAUACAAGGGGCAGUAAGCUUGUGCUACUGGAGCAUUGUCUGAGGUAAGGUGGUAAGAGAGCAGCAUCCUGUGACAGAAGGACAGCCUGAAGUGGUGUGACACCCCAGUCCAGCUCCCCAGAGAAUGUCUGCCACAACCCUGCAUCUCAGGGAUACUUUUUACUCUCCUUAAAAGUACAACUGGAGGGCCUGACUUCCAUAUGCUGAGGAGAUUAAUUUUGCAGUUACUGUCACUGAGAGUGUAAGGCUAUGGACACAUUUUCCAGGGAUGUCACUUAAAUUUCUGACAGUAAACAGCAGAAAAAGAUUUAGUGUCAUAACUUCAGCAAUCUUUGAUUGGAGACACUCUGCUGUUUAAGUGAAAGUACUAUUCAGCUGACAACUUCAGCUUUUGUCUGUGCUUGACUGAGAUAAAAUAAACACACAUAGAACCAAUAAACAAGUACACGCUGGCUUGAAACCUAGAGUGGGGAGAGGCUAAUAUUCCACCUUCAUGCAAAACACUGUUCUAUACUGCAAAAGAAAUUGUUCUGUGUAGAAACAUCUCAGACUAACUCUUUAUUAAAGUUAUUUAUUGUUUA